UGAUCCCAGGGAGCAGUUGGAGUUGGCAGCACGAGUGAUGCGAGACGGCCCAGGCUAAAAGAUUGUGCUGGUCGACCCCGGCUACCCAGACUGUUGCUAGUCAACAUGCAGCCUCUGGAAAACAAACUGGGUGAGAUAAGAACUGGGAUUACUUCGCAGUUAGAACUGAGAGUUUGCGCUCUAAUUUCCACCAAACUCCCAGACAGCCAGUUAUUUACAGACUUACUCUCUACACCCAGACGACUGGACCUCAGCCUCAGCCGCCGGAUUACAGGCGGAGCUGGAGACGAUCCCAGCAGUCAUCGGGAGAAGGCGAGGCAAAGCCUGGAUACUUUGCCAGACUAUCACAAUGCCAAAUGGAGCGAUAACAACCGUUCAGACUAACACAUGGAACUAUGGAAGGCGUCGCCGUGCCGAAGUUAGUUACAAAAGAGACGACACAACCGUUUCCUCAUACAGAAGAGAGCACGGAGUGAGUCCUUCAACUUUAUCUUCCACAUCUUCAUCGUCCCCAUCGCCCUCCUGUUGCUGCUGCCGCCCCAGGGCCAGAGGUCGGAGGGGAGAACACCUGCUGGCGGCAAACGACAUCCACUUGGAGGAGAUUUAACUCAGCAGCACAAGCAGCAGACCCUGAAACCUUGAACCUGAAACCCUGGAAUCCAUCAAUCCAUCCAUUGAUGGAUUUGUCGGCAGCCAUGAAGCACCAAUUUGUUCUCCUUCUGAUUCUCUCGGUGACGCUCAGUUACACCUACUGCCAGUCCAACCAACGUCUGAAGCCCCGCCUCCAAAGGGACAGACGAAACAUUCGGCCAAACAUCAUCCUGAUCCUGACUGACGACCAGGACCUGGAGCUGGGCUCCAUGCAAGCCAUGAAUAAGUCUCGCCGCAUCCUGGAAGAAGGUGGGACGUCGUUCACAAACGCCUUCGUGACCACGCCCAUGUGCUGUCCUUCACGUUCCAGCAUGCUCACUGGGAAGUAUGUCCACAACCACAACACCUACACCAACAAUGAGAACUGUUCCUCGCCGUCAUGGCAACGGCAGCAUGAACCCAGGAGCUUUGGGGUUUAUCUUAAUAGCACUGGAUACAGGACUGCUUUUUUCGGGAAGUACCUGAACGAGUACAACGGCUCGUACGUUCCUCCAGGGUGGAGGGAGUGGCUCGGUCUGGUGAAGAACAGCCGCUUCUACAACUAUACUCUGAGUCGCAAUGGAGUCAGAGAAAAGCAUGGAGCUCAGUAUCCACAGGACUACCUGACCGACCUGAUCACGGACGAGUCAAUACGUUACUUUCGUGCCUCAAAGAGAGUUUAUCCUCAUCGACCUGUUCUGAUGGUUCUGAGCCAUGCAGCUCCACAUGGACCCGAGGACUCGGCACCGCAGUACAGCACAGCCUUUCCCAACGCCUCGCAGCACAUAACUCCUAGUUACAACUAUGCUCCGAACCUGGACAAACACUGGAUUAUGCGUUACACUGGCCCCAUGAAGCCUAUCCACAUGGAGUUCACCAACAUGCUGCAGAGGAAACGUCUGCAGACGCUACUGUCGGUGGACGACAGCGUGGAGAAGCUCUACAACAUGCUGGUGGAGACAGGGGAGUUGGAAAACACCUACAUUAUCUACACAUCUGACCACGGAUACCACAUCGGACAGUUUGGCCUGGUCAAAGGUAAAUCUAUGCCCUAUGAGUUUGACAUCAGGGUCCCCUUCUACAUCAGAGGACCAAAUGUGGAGCAGGGAAGCAUUAAUCCUCAUGUAGUGCUCAACAUUGAUCUGGCUCCAACGAUACUGGACAUCGCAGGCCUGGACACACCUCCGGACAUGGACGGAAAGUCAAUCCUGUCAUUGCUGGACCCAGACAAACUUGUCAACAGGUUCCAGGCGAACAGGAAACCAAAGGUGUGGAGAGACUCGUUCCUGGUGGAGAGAGGGAAGCUGCUGCACCAGCGUGUGGAGGGAAAGGAAGUGACACAGGAAGAGAACUUCCUGCCCAAAUACCAACGAGUGAAAGAUUUGUGUCAGAGAGCUGAGUAUCAGAGCCCCUGUCAGCAGACUGGACAGAAGUGGCAGUGUGUGGAGGACGCCACAGGAAAACUGCGACUCCACAAAUGCAAGAAUGAAGAGGGCGGAGCCAAAAGACUCCAGAGAGGCGUGGUUGGUCAGCAGCGUCCAAUCAGCUUCAAGGCUCAAACGUACCAGCGCAGCCCGCACAAAUGUGACUGUGACCUGACGGAUUUACGAUCUCUAAACCUGCGUCCGUCCGUUAUGAAACCAUUCAACAACAAACCUUUCUUCUCUAGAAAAAAGAUUAAAGCUCUAAAGAGUUACUCCAGAAACCGUUACACUCGCUCUGCGCUCCUAAACAAUGGUACGCCGGGUAACUACAGCCUUACAGGGGGCGCAGAGAUGGAGGAGGAGGAGGAGGAGGAGGAGUUCAGUGGAAUGGGCAAAGAUCCAAGGAUUGUGGCUCUGCCUUCAAACUCAAUUAAGGUCACACACAGAUGCUCGAUCCUCCCUAAUGCCACAGUGAAGUGUGACACUGGAGUGUAUCAGUCCCUGCAGGCUUGGAAAGACCACAAACUGCACAUAGACCACGAGAUCGAGACUCUGCAGACCAAGAUCAAAAACCUGAGAGACGUGAGAGGUCACUUGAAGAAGGCCCGUCCCCUGGAGUGUGACUGUAACAAAUACCGGUACGCAUUCAAACUGAGAAACAAGCUAAAACACCGCAGCAGCAUCCACCACCCCUUCAGAAAGGGUGGAGCUCGAGACAAGAAGGCGUGGCUUCUGAAGGAGCAGAAGAGGAGGAAGAAGAUGAGGAAGAUGAUAAAGAGGAUCAAGAACAAUGACACGUGUUCCAUGCCUGGACUCACCUGCUUCACACACGACAACCAGCACUGGCAGACUGCCCCCUAUUGGACAUUGGGACCUUUCUGUGCUUGCACCAGUGCGAACAACAACACCUACUGGUGUCUGAGGACCAUCAAUGAGACACACAACUUCCUGUUUUGUGAGUUUGCCACAGGGUUCCUGGAGUAUUUUGACCUCACCACAGAUCCGUAUCAGCUCAUUAACGGGGUUAGCACCUUGGAUCGAACCAUGUUGAAUCAGCUUCACGUUCAGUUGAUGGAGCUCAGAGGCUGCAAAGGACACAAGCAGUGUAACCCUCGGACGCGUUCAAUGGAACCUGGAGGACGGGAAAAUGGAAGCUUUGAAGACUACAGGGUGUUUGAAAAGAGGAAUUGGCCAAAAGUGAAGAAACCCUCAUCUACUCGAACCCUUGGUCCUAUCUGGGACGGCUGGAAGGGAUAAUCCUCUCACUCAGUUGCUGCUCGGCUCCGCCGAUAACAGCCUGAAGGAGGAGGGCGGGGUCAUCCACAGCUGACGCCUUCAACAUCCACCACACCAAUCACCUUCUGCCGUUAAUGUAACAUCAUCACGCUGCUGCUCAGGGACAUGCUGGGAUUCAAACUCUUGACGUCUUUGAAGACUUUGCUGUCUCUCCUCUUAAGUUGGCUUGUGAAGGGGGAGGAGCCAGUGAUCGGAAACUGGGAGGAGUCUAAGGUUGACUAUGAUGAAGAGCAGGAAAAGAAGCAGCCUGUCGUGGAGACCUUUUAACUUUGCCUGUCCUUCUUUUUCUCCCAUCUCCCUUAUUUACUACCUCUGUCUCUGUUUUUUUUUUUUUUUUUCUUUCUUCGUUUUUUUUCCCCAUUCUUUCUAACCUGCUUCUUUUCUUCGUUCCUCUCAGUGGCAGUAUUUGUUUUCAGUCUUCUAGAAUAUUCUUCUCCCAUACACUGUCAAGAGAUGCAAACAUCUGAAACUGUCACAUUUUGAAUAAUGUCGCUUCCGUUUUUUGUUUUUUUU